AUGUUAAUUUAAUAAUAUUCACAAAAUGACUCUUUCAUUUGUGUUGAAAUGCAAUGUCCUUACAGUAGAAUUAUAACUAGCUGGGAUUUAUUAAAAUUACAUAAUCAAUUGAAUCAUAAAGUUAUUCCAAAAUAAAAGUUAGAAAGCAAAGUUGCGUUUAAAUAUAAUCAAUAUAAUUAAUAAUAAAGGAUGAAAGUUUAAGAAGAUAUUUAUCAAUUAAUUCAAUAAUAUGAAGAUAGAAUUAUUUUUAAAAUUUAAGAACUAUUUGAAUUUCUUAAGAAGUAUAAUUAUGAAUUUAAUUUUAUAGUACAUACUUAAAUAUUAUUUAAGAUCAAAUUUACUUCGAUUAUUAAUUAUAAAGUCUAUCAAAUCAACACUUUAUAGAAGCUGAUCUAUAAUAAUAUAUAGAAAUAUAUUAUGGAUAAAUAUAAACAUCUCAAUAAGAGUAAGUAGCUCUUUUUCUUUGCGAAAUUUAGUCUAAAUUAAGUGUAAUUGAAAAUGAUUUUCUGAAUUUAUUAGAAAAGAAUUUUAUAAUAGAAAAUCAAAAUUAACAAUCUAUUAUUCAUUACUAAUAGAAUGUACCAGAAUUUAACGACUCAACAAUUUCUGAAUCGUUUAUAAUAAAACCUAAUGUAAUAUAACAAAAUCAUUAUUAAACUGAAUUUAUAUCAAAUGAGGCAGAAUAAAUGAAAUAUGAAAUGCAAUAAAUUUAAUAUGAUUAAAAUAUUUCAUAAUCAUAAUCUACUCAAUUAAUCGAAUAAGAUGAUUUAAAUAAUAUUCCUUUAAAAGGAUAUAAAUAAUUUCAAUAAAAAUAAUAAAACUAAUCUAAUUAUACUGAAAAUAUUUCAUCUCAAGAUGAUGACAGAUUAAGAUUUUAAUUACCAUCAGAAACAUCAAAUAGUCCAAUAUAUUCAAAUAAUAAGUCCAAUAAUAAAGAAAGUUUAUAUGUACCAAAAACAGAAAAAUAAGAAUAUUAUUAUGAAGAUAAUCCUAAAUAAAAAUAAAAAAAAAAGAAAGAAGAAAGGUAUUAUAAAUUAAGUGUAUUUAGAACAGAGUAGUUUAUAAACCACCUCCUAAAGAAGUAUUUUUUGGAAAGAAAUUUGAUUUAAUAAAUUCACAUAAACACCUCAAGUUUUCAUAAAAUAACCAAGCAUUUCUAUGUCAUCAGUAAGGUAUUGGUUUGGUUGAAGGGAUAUUAACUUUAAAAAUAGAUGCUGAAAUUAGAUUGAAAUUUUCUGAAGCUCAAAAAAGGACAUUUGUAACUUAUUCUAUUUAUUAAAGUAAGCUGAAAUAGGAAUCUAAAAUGUUGAUAAGGAUGGAAAAAUGAAAGGAAGCCAAUAAUAUAGUAUGAAUGAAAUAGGAGGUAUAAAUUUGAUCAUAAAAAUUAGAUCUUAUUUCAAAUAAUUAGGUUUAUAAAGGAAAGUUGAAAAUAACUUUAAAUUAAGAGUAUAUGAUAUCAUAUUCAUCAAAUGAAAGAAUGUUAUAUUUUAUAAAUGGAAAAACUGAAGUAUAUAUUAAAUAUAAUAUAGGAAUAUUUGGAUUUGGAUAAAGUUUCAGGAAACUUUAAAUUUUAUGUUAAAGUAUAUGGAUUAAAAGUUUCAAUUUUAUAUUGA